AUGUUUAAGAGCUUUAGUUUACCAAGCUCAUUCAAACUUUUGCAAAGACAGGUUUUAUUUCCUAGGUGCUAUAAAUCAAGUUUAUCCACGGUUAAGUCAUCUAUUCUAGCGAUGUCUAGUGAAGAACAAAAGUUGCCAAAGGUUGAUCCAUCUACUGGGGAAAUCAUCAUUAAUCCUCUAAAAGAAGAUGGCAGUCCUAAAUCUAGUAAGGAGAUAGAGAAAGAAAAGAAGAAGGCUGAAAAGUUGCUGAAAUUUGCGGCUAAACAAGCCAAGAAGGCCGAAAACCAAGCGAACCAACAGAAAAAUCAAAGUAAAAAGGAAAAGAAGAAGAAGGAGACCGAGGUUAUUCCUGAGUUUAUUGAUAAAACUGUUCCAGGAGAGAAGAAAAUCUUAGUUUCAUUGGAAGAUCCUGCUUUGAAGGCUUACAAUCCUGCCAACGUUGAAUCUUCUUGGUAUGAAUGGUGGAACAAAUCUGGAUAUUUUGAGCCCGAGUUCACUGCUGAGGGUGACGUUAAACCUGAGGGUGUAUUCUGUAUUCCAGCGCCACCUCCAAAUGUUACUGGUGCCCUUCACAUUGGCCAUGCACUUACAAUUGCCAUCCAAGAUUCUUUGAUAAGAUAUAACCGUAUGAAGGGUAAGACUGUUUUGUUCUUGCCUGGUUUUGAUCAUGCUGGUAUUGCUACUCAAUCUGUUGUUGAGAAACAGCUUUGGGCCAAGGAAAGAAAGACUAGACAUGACUUUACCCGUGAAGAUUUCUUGAAGAAGGUCUGGGACUGGAAGGAGCUUUACCACCAAAAGAUCAAAAGCCAAAUCAAGAAGUUAGGUGCUUCUUACGACUGGUCACACGAGGCUUUUACAUUGGAUCCAAAGUAUUCUGAAGCUGUCACUGAAGCUUUUGUGAGAUUGCAUGAGGACGGCAUCAUUUACCGUGCUUCUCGUUUGGUGAACUGGUCUGUGGCACUAAACACUGCUAUCUCCAACUUGGAAGUUGAAAAUAAGGAAGUUAAAGGUAGAACUUUAAUUUCUGUUCCAGGUUAUGAGGAUAAGGUGGAGUUUGGUGUUUUGACUUCUUUUGCCUACCCAGUUAUCGAUUCAGAUGAGAAAUUGAUUGUCGCUACUACUAGACCUGAAACUAUUUUUGGUGAUACUGCCGUUGCUAUCCACCCUGAUGAUCCACGUUACACUCACCUACAUGGUAAGUUUGUUCAACAUCCAUUUUUGCCACGUAAAAUACCAAUUGUUUGCGACAGUGAAGCUGUUGACAUGUCUUUCGGUACCGGUGCAGUUAAGAUUACUCCUGGCCAUGACCAAAACGAUUACAACACUGGUAAGCGUCACAACCUAGAGAUAAUUAAUAUUCUAACUGAAAAUGGUUUGUUAAACGAGGAGUGUGGUCCUGAAUGGGAGGGUAUGAAGAGAUUUGAUGCCAGAAAGCUUGUUAUUGAGAAGUUAAAGGAAGCUGGCCUCUACAUUGACCAAAAAGACAAUGAAAUGGUAAUUCCAACAUGCUCGAGAUCUGGUGAUAUAAUUGAACCAUACUUGAAGCCACAAUGGUGGGUUUCUCAAACUCACAUGGCUAAGAUGGCCCUUGCUGCUGUGAGGGAUGGUAGUAUCAUCAUUACUCCAGAAUCAUCUCAAGCAGAAUACUUCCACUGGUUAGAAAACAUUCAAGAUUGGUGUAUUUCUAGACAGCUAUGGUGGGGUCACCGUUGUCCUGUGUACUUUGUUAAUAUUGAGGGCAUGGAGCAGGACAGAAAUGACGGAUCCUACUGGGUGUCUGGUCGGACAUUGCAAGAAGCCGAAAAGAAGGCCGCUAAAAAAUUUGCAGGCCAAACCUACGUCUUGGAGCAAGACGAAGAUGUGUUAGAUACUUGGUUUUCUUCAGGGUUAUGGCCAUUUGCUACUUUAGGCUGGCCAAAUAAGACCCCUGAUUUGGAAAAAUUCUAUCCUUUCUCCAUGUUGGAAACAGGUUGGGACAUUCUAUUCUUCUGGGUUUCUAGAAUGAUCUUGAUGGGUCUUCAGUUAACCGGUAGCAUUCCAUUUAAGGAGGUUUUCUGUCAUUCUCUAGUGCGUGAUGCUCAAGGCCGUAAGAUGUCCAAGUCAUUGGGUAACGUUGUUGACCCAUUGGAUGUGAUUAGCGGAAUCAAAUUAGACGAUUUGCACGCCAAGUUAUUGCUUGGUAAUUUAGACCCAAGAGAGAUAGCUAAGGCGAAGGCAGGUCAGAAAGAAUCUUAUCCAAACGGUAUUCCACAAUGUGGUACUGACGCCUUAAGAUUUGCGUUGUGUGCAUACACUACUGGUGGCCGUGACAUCAACUUAGAUAUUCUACGUGUUGAAGGUUACAGAAAGUUCUGUAACAAGAUCUACCAAGCUACUAAGUUUGCCUUAAUGCGCCUAGGCGAUGACUACGUCCCUCAAGCUACCGAAAAGCUUUCGGGUAAUGAAUCUUUGGUUGAAAAAUGGAUUUUACACAAAUUGACCAAAGUUGCAAAUACUGUCAACGUUGCAUUUGAAAAGCGUGACUUCUUGACUGCUACCUCCAGCAUCUACGACUUCUGGUAUUUAGUUUGUGAUGUCUACAUUGAAAACUCUAAAUACUUGAUCCAAGAAGGUAGCGACAUCGAAAAGGCAUCUGCUAAGGACACUUUAUAUAUUCUAUUGGACAAUGCUUUGAAGUUAAUUCAUCCAUUCAUGCCCUUUGUUACUGAAGAAAUGUGGCAACGUUUACCAAAAAGAGCAUCUGAAACUAGCCCAACUAUCAUCAAGGCUAAAUACCCCGAGUUCCGUGAAGAACUCUCAAACACCCAAGCUGCCGCUGACUACGAAUUGGUGUUGGAAGCUACAAAGGAAAUUCGUUCACUAUUGGCUCAAUACAACAUAUUAAACAACGGUAAGGUUUUCAUUGAAGUCAUGGACAAUCAAAAGCUAUUUGAGUCGAUGAGCUCUCAAAAUGCUUCUAUUGUUUCUUUGAUCAAGGCCAUUGACGAGGUCAAUGUUGUUCAAAAUGCAAACCGUAUCCCAGAGGGGUGCGUGCUAAACAGUGUUACUCCUGAAAUCAAUGUUCAUGUAUUGGUUAAAGGUCAAGUUGACAUUGACGCAGAGCUUGAGAAAGUAUCCAGCAAGUUGGAGAAGGCGGAAAAGACUAAAAGCUCCAUUGAGAAAUUAAUUUCCAGCAAAGAUUAUGAAGCGAAGGCAAACGAACAUGCAAAGAAGGCUAAUAAUUACAGACUAGAAAGCACUAUUGCUGAAAUAGAAACCCUCCAAGCCACCAUAGCCAACUUGGAAAAGUUAAAGUUGUAG